GACGUAUAAUCUAGUGGACGGAACUCUUCUUUCACCAGCAACAGUAAGUUAUCCACCUCGGUAGCUUGCUAGACAAAAAAAGCUGAACCAAUAAAGCUCUUCAGACGCUUUCGUGUUUAUUAGCCACUGUAUUUUAAAGACACUUAUUUUGUCUAGUUAGUUAUCCGAUUUAAUUUAAUAUUUACGGCGUUGUUGUUAUUAGUCAGCUAGCAGUCUGGUUAAGUUAGCAUUAGCAUAGCUAACAUCCGCGACCAUGCGGUCACUAAGCUACUCUCCUUCUGCUAAAGAAGAGGUGUAUAUCACAGUAAAACAAGAAGUAGAGGCCGUUACUGUGAAAGAAGAGGAAGACGCGUUCAGAGUGAAAGAGGAGGAGGAUGUUACAGUAAAACGAGAGGAGGAUGCAGUUUAUAGAGUGAAAGAGGAGGAGAGAGAGAUGACUGUUACAUCGAAAAAGGAGGAAGAAGAGGAACCUGGAUAUCUGGGCCCGGUUUUCCGAAUGCAUCUUAAGGCAUCCAAUGGUUCUAAUGAUGAAUUUAGCCAAAAUGUGAUUUUGAGAAACCGUUCCCUGACUAAAACUAGAGAGAGACGUGACUAUCGUGGAUCCUCUGGGGAGCCUCAACAACCUCAUGAUGCUGAGGAGACAGAGAAGAGUCUCUCCAGAUCAGAACACCUCAAUAAACACCCGCAGAGACCCACAGGGAAGAAAUCUCACUGCUGCUCUGACUCUGGGAAGAGAUUCACAUCAUCAGGCAUUAAAAUUCAUCAGAGAACACACACAGGAGAGAAAUCUUAUAGCUGUGGUCAAUGUGGGAAGAGAUUUGCUACAUCUGGCCACCUGACUCAACACCAGAGAACACACACAGGAGAGAAACCUUAUAGCUGUGAUCAAUGUUGGAGGAGUUUUACAACAUUAAUCUCUCUGAAAGUACACCAGAGAACACACACAAGAAAGAAACGUUAUAGCUGUGAUCAAUGUGGGAAGAGAUUUUGUACAACUGGCCACCUGACUCAACACCAGAGAACACACACAGGAGAGAAACCUUAUAGCUGUGAUCAAUGUGGGAGGAGAUUUGCUACAUAUGGCAACCUGACUCGACACCAGAAAACACACACAGGAGAGAAAUCUUAUAGCUGUGGACAAUGUGGGAGGAGAUUUGCUACAUCUGGCAACCUGACUCGACACCAGAAAACACACACAGGAGAGAAACCUUAUAGCUGUGGUCAAUGUGGGAGGAGUUUUAGUCGAUCUGGAGAUCUGACAGUGCACAAGAGAACACACACAGGAGAGAAACCUUAUAGCUGUGGUCAAUGUGGGAAGAGAUUUGCUUCAUCUGGCUCUCUGACUCUACACCAGAGAACACACACAGGAGAGAAACCUUAUAGCUGUGGUCAAUGUGGGAAGAGAUUUGCUUCAUCUGGCUCUCUGACUCUACACCAGAGAACACACACAGGAGAGAAACCUUAUAGCUGUGGUCAAUGUGGGAGGAGUUUUAGUCGAUCUGGAGAUCUGACAGUGCACAAGAGAACACACACAGGAGAGAAACCUUAUAGCUGUGGUCAAUGUGGGAAGAGAUUUGCUUCAUCUGGCUCUCUGACUCUACACCAGAGAACACACACAGGAGAGAAAUCUUAUUGCUGUGAUCAAUGUGGGAAGAAUUUUUGUCGAUCUGGAGAUCUGACAGUGCACAAGAGAAUACACACAGGAGAGAAACCUUAUAGCUGUGAUCAGUGUGGGAAUAGAUUUACUCAGUCACACAGCCUGAUACACCACCAGAGAAUACACACAGGAGAGAAACCUUAUAGCUGUGGUCAAUGUGGGAAGAGAUUUGCUUCAUCUGGCUCUCUGACUCUACACCAGAAAACACACACAGGAGAGAAAUCUUAUAGCUGUGACGAGAGAUAAUCUGAUAAAAGAUCUCUGAUCAAAUAUUAGAAAAUACAUACAUGAAGGAGUUGUUUCAUGAUUUCAAUGAAUUAAUGUCACAAUGUAGAAUUUUUUAACAUUGUAGUAGGUGUAUUGUAAUGAUUUCACAAUGUAGAAGCCUAAACGUGUGCCCACUUAUGAAUUGAUUUCAACAUGUUAUGGAUAUUAGCCUAAAGGGGAAAAAUCCAGGCUCUGAAAUGGAAGAGUACUAUCUAUGUAAUUUUACAAAAAUUUACAAACAAAAAAAGAGUUUGGAUCAAAUCAAAUUUAUUUAUAAAGCCCUUCUUAUAUCAGCAGAUAUCUCAAAGUGCUGUACAGAAACCCAGCCUAAAACCCCAAACAGCAAGCAAUGCAGGUGUAGAAGCACGGUGGCUAGUAAAAACUCCCUAGAAAAGCCAAAAUCUAGGAAAAACCUCUAGAGAGGAACCAGGCUAUGAGGGGUGGCCAGCCCUCUUCUGGCUGUGCCGGGUGGAGAUUAUAACAGAACAUGGCCAAGAUGUUCAAAUGUUCAUAAAUGACCAGCAUUGUCAAAUAAUAAUAAUCACAGUAGUUGUCGAGGGUGCAACAGAUCAACACCUCAGGAGUAAAUGUUUAAACUGGAGCAGCAGCACGGCCAGGUGGACUGGGGACAGCAAGGAGUCAUCAUGCCAGGUUGUCCUGAGGCCUGGUCCUAUCUCGUUAGCACAAAGGACGCACUGAUUGGUGUCACCUCGUUAGUCAGUAUGUGUUCCACCUGUGCUGGCUUGUCCAUCUCAUUGGUGAGAAGGUUUUUCACCUGAGCUGGUCCAGGUUCUAUUUAAGAGUGUCUGGUCCAGUGCUCCAGUUGUCUUGAUAGAUGUGACAAAUCAACACCUUUAGUUGCACUACUGUUUUGGUUUGCUUCCUGUUUUUAAGUUUGUUGUGGGUUUUUCUUUUGUUUGCCUCUUCUUGGGCAGAUUUAGUGGGUCUCAUGGUGGGUGUCUUUUAGGUCCCAGUUGUUGUUACUAGUCAACUUUCAGUGGACACUGUUAGAGCAAAACUGCAAGAUUAUGUUAUUGUACUUUUAUUGUAUCAAAUGGUUGUUUUAUGCAACAGAAUAGAGGGUUCUUAGAACUAUUGUGUCUGUGUUCCUCUGACGAUGGGCCUCUGGGAGAAAACACUGACAGGAGAUUUACAAUGUCUUUUGGCUGAUAAAACCUAAAAAGACAGUAUUCCAGAUUAUGAGUUAAUGUUUCUGUUCUAUAUGGUACCAGGGAGAGAUGACCCCAGGGCCAGACCCUGGUUUCUACACAGAGUACUGUUUUUACAGCAGAUACUGUCUGCUGAGAAUUAUAAGUAUCUUUCAUACAAAUCUGAACCUUGUGACCCGUUCUAUACAUCUGUUGUUGGUCAUGUAGGUUGAAAGGGGUGUAUCUUAGCUAUAAAAGACCUUUGUACUUUUGUCUCGUGGCUCUCAACGAAUCAUCUGGGGGUGAUUUGUUGACCAGCCAAUAUUAUCGUAGAGCACUCAAUUGAUUCACUUUAUAUGUGUGUGUGUUGUAUUGACCUGCUCCCUUAUUAAUAAGUGAAUAAAGAUUUAGUUUAAGAAUAAAUCUGACUUGUGUGAUAAGU